CAUUCUCUCAAGCGGCUCUUGCACAUCCAGCCGACAAAUGAUACGGAUUUGAUAUCGACGAUGCGUUUAAAAUCGCACGCAAAGCGCGUUCUUCACAACCGACUGCGUUCCGUGUAACAGAAGCGCUUGUUUUAUUUUUUUCAGGAGUAAAUUCCCUUCAUGUGAGACUGAGAGAUGUUGGUUAGCUUAGCCUAGCGCGCUAAUCCUUCAUCAAACUGUCACAAUCUGUCGGGCGUUGAUUUCAAUACUCCGUGAAAGAUGCCGCCCGGGACAGACGACCCUCGUAAACUCUUCAUCCUGACCACGGCGGGAAACUACUUCCGUCUGGACACCCCGGCGUCUCUGUCCACCUGCCGUCCUCUCGAUAACUUCUUAGACGAUAGCAACGAAUCCCUGCUCACCGUCACCAGAAACGCAGAUGAGCUGCACUUCUCAAACAAGCUGGAGAACAUGGACGUCGACAGCAGGGUUCUGCUGUUCUUCAAACCUCAUCCGUGUGUGGUGAGCGAGGAGAACCUGCACCGAUCCGUCCUGGUGUCCUCUAUGCUGGAGUCUCCCAUCAGCACCCUGUACCAGGCCUUGAGACAGGUCUACGGCCCCGUCCUGCUGCAGGAUGAUAAAUGGAGUCAGUCGUUCGACUCAAAGCUUCAGUCUCUGCUCACGGAUCUUGAGGUCGGGCUGGGCUCUGUGCUCAGACACUCACACCCAAAGGAUUCUGGGGAACGGAGUCAUUCGGAGACGGAUGUGUUGAGUAUCAUGACCCCUCUGGAUGAGUUCGGCUUCUGGGCUGAUGUCAGUCGCUCCGGACAGCAUAGCAGAGAGAGAGACAGAGCGGCACACUUCUCUGAACUCUUCACCACCAUUGAGAAGGACUACAGUAAUCUGGACAGUUUCAGUCUGGUGGAGGUACUGGACCUGAUUGAGAGCACCCGUGAGACAGUAGAUGACGUGUGGAAACAGAAUGAGCAUGCCCUCUACCCCGAGAUACGCAUGAUCCGACUCAUGGAUGUCAUAGACGGAGCUCUCGGCAGGUUUGUACAGAGGAAGCUGAGCACCCUGCGCUUGUGGGAUGAUCCAUAUUUCACAGUCAGGGAGGGGCUUAAAGGGGGUGUGGCUGCCUGUGAACAGUGGGUGGCGGCCUGUGAACACCUGACCGGUCAGGUGUGGAAACGCUACUCACCUCAUCCGUGGAGCGGAGAGAAGCACUGCCCACAGGGGCUGCAGAGCCUUGCCCAACGAUUGGAGGAGGUGGUGCAGGUGCGAUCAGUGUGUGAGAAACUGCAGCGUUUGUUAUCUGGAGGGAAGCUGCAGGUUUCACCCACACGUGUGUAUCAGCCUUUCACAGGGCUCAACCCGAUACACUACAACCCUUAUACUGAGCCCUUAUGGAGAGCUGCAGUGUCUCAGUUUGAUCGACUCAUCGCUCCAGCAGAACAGGAAGCAGCUGGAAAGCUCAAGACCUUCAUAAUAGAUGCACAGGACAGUCCACAGCAGCUGCUGCAGGUGUUUCAGAAACACAGAGAACUGAUCAAACGACCCACAAUCAGCAAAGAACUGCAGCCCGAGAGAGAAACGCUCCUGACGCGACUGCUGGACUACAACAAGGGGCUGCGGGUGGAUUUUGAGAACCGCUGUCACGGUGCUCCAGGAGAGAAAACCGGCCCUCUAGCAGGACGAAACCUUCCAGAGGUCAUCAACAAUAUUGUGUGGGUCAGACAGCUGCUGCUUAAGGUGGAGGACUCUCUGAAGAUGGCCGACGCGUUGCUCUCUGAUCUGUCUGGGUUUCGGCCGCUGCUCCGUUUCUGUGAUGAGCUGCAGGAGCAGAUGAGAUCGUACGAGCAGGAGCAGUUUGAAGACUGGAGCAGAGACCUGCUGUCAGGACUGUCUGAUCCCAAAUCUGGAGUCAGUUUGCAGGCCAGUAAUCGUGUCAUGGAGCUGGAUCACAUGGAUGGUAAACUGAAGAUCCAGUACUCGGACCGGCUGGUGAGUUUACUCCGAGAGGUGCGGCAGCUCUCCGCUCUGGGCUUCACCAUCCCUGCUAAGAUCCAGCAGGCGGCAAACACCGCCGACAAGUUCUACAGACAGGCCAUCAUCCUCAAACAGGUGGCUCAUUUCUACAACACCAUCGAUCAGCAGAUGAUCCCUUCUCAACGACCCAUGAUGCUCGGCUGUGCUCUGGCCUUUGAACAGGUCAUCAAGAAUCCACGGUCUCAAUCUCGUGACGAAGGUGGAAAACUCCAGAUCACGUGGGAGAAUCCUAAAGAGCUGGAGCAGUACAUCAGUAAACUGCAGAGUGCCGCAGAGAGACUCUCCACGGAGAACCGCAAACUCAGGAAGUGGCACACCGACUUCACUGACAAGGUGGUGAGUCUGAUGGGAGUGGAUCUCCUGCGUCAGCAGCAGAGGUGGAAAGAUGCUCUUCAGGAUCUCAGGACUGGAUUCGCCACACUAGAGUCUCAGGGGUUUCGUGCAGGAGACAUGAGGGCCUGGCGUCAGCACUGGAACCAUCAGCUGUAUAAAGCUCUGGAGCAUCAGUAUCAGGUGGGACUGGAGGCCCUCAACAAGAACCUGCCGGAGAUUAACAUCGACCUCAUCUUCAAGCAGGGGCGGCUGCAGUUCCGUCCUGCAUUCGAGGAGGUCAGAGCAAAAUACUACCGCGAGAUGAAAAGGUUCAUCUGCAUCCCGAACCAGUUUAAGGGCGUGAGCGAGACAGGAGAGGAGCCCAUAUUCACCUGCAUGAUCGAACGUAACGCAAGCGGCUUCCUGACCAUCUUCAGCAAAGCCGAACACCUCUUCAGUCGACUCACACACAUGCUGGACAAGUUUAAGGACUGGGUGGUUCUGGGGCAGGUGGAUGUGGAUGUUCUGGUGGAGAAACACCUUCACAGCGUCCAGGACUGGGAGAGGAACUUCAGAGCUCUCAAAGCCAAAGGAAAAGAGGCCGAGCGGCUGCCCAGCACAGAGAAGGUCGACUGCAUCACGGUGAACUGUGAACCUGUCAGAGUGGCCGUGGACGAUCUCAUCCAGAGGCUGUUUGAUGCUCUGCUGACGUCCCUCAGGAGAUCCAUCCAGGGUCAUAUUCAGGUGAUCGACUCUUUCAUAAGCAGUGCGAUGGAGACGUUGUCCUUGCGUCCUGAGAGCAUCGAUGAGAUCGGAGACGCCAAUGCCAAACACGGCCAAUUACAGACCCAGAAACCCGAGAUACUGCCUCAGUUCCAGCAGGCGGAGGAGAAGAAUAGGCUGCUGCGCUCUGUGGCGGGCGGAGGACUGGACACCAUCAGCUCCCUGAGAGCCAGAUGGGACAAAUUUGAGCUGAUGAUGGAGAGUCAUCAGCUCAUGAUUAAAGAACAGGUGGAGGUGAUGAAGGGGAACGUUGAGUCUCAGGUGCAGGUUUACCUGCAGGACCUGCAGAAGUUCAGAGCUCGCUGGGACCAGCUCAAACCCGGCCAUGACAUCAUCGAGUCAGGUGACCACGAGACUCUGCAGCGCUGCGUUCAGAACAUCCGCGACAGACGAGCCGAGUUCGGCGAGCUGGAGAACACGCGUAAAAAACUCAUGGAGGACUGCGAACACUUUAACCUGAGCGCUCCUGACGUGUCUCUGGCGACCGACACGCUGCGGGAUCUGCAGGAGUGUUCAGAGAUGUGGGAGCUUUAUGAGGAGUUUCAGCAGGGACUGGACGAACACGCAGAGCAGGACUGGAUUUCCUUCAGGAGUAAGACUCACAUGUUCGAGGAGUUUCUGUUCGCGUGGCACGACCGUCUGAGGAAGCUGGAGGAGCACAGCAGCAUGUCUGUCAAACUGCAGAAGGAAGUGGACCGAUACAAGGCCGUGGUUCCAGUGUUGAAGUACGUGCGAGGUGAGCAGCUCUCUCAGGAACACUGGCUGGAUCUGUUCCGGCUCGUCUCUCUGCCCAGAGGAACCACACUAGAGAGACUGCAGUUCAGAGACCUGGAAAGAGUGGCAAUUUCAAUCAUAGACAAAGCCUUGGAGCUCAAGGAUCUGAACAGUCGCGCUCAGGCCGAGGUCACCAUCCGUGAGGCCCUGCGGGAGCUGGAGCUGUGGGGCGCCGGUGCGUGCUUCACCCUGACGGACUACACAGACAGUCAGGGCUGCUCUCUGCGCGUCAUCAAGGACUGGAGGGACAUGGUCAACCAGGUGGGAGACAACCGCUGCCUGCUGCAGUCGCUCAAAGACUCGCCCUAUUACCUGCGCUUCCAGGACAAAGUGUCACUGUGGGAAACCCGGCUGGCCGACCUUGACGAGUACCUCCAGAACCUCAACACCAUCCAGAGGAAGUGGGUCUACCUCGAGCCCAUAUUUGGGCGUGGGGCGUUGCCGCGGGAACAGGCCCGCUUUCAGAGAGUGGACCAGGAUUUCAGGGCCAUCAUGUCAGACGUUCAGAGGGACAGCAGGGUCACGUCUCUCAGCACUCGAGCUGGAAUCAGGAACUCCCUCGUCACCAUCCUGGACCAGUUACAGAUAUAUAUAUAUAUAGUCAUAUAUAUAUUAAAAUAUAUGAUAAAUUACUUUUGACCCCUGCAGGAGAAGCGUUCUGCAUUUCCUCGGUUUUACUUCAUUGGAGACGAUGAUCUACUGGAGAUUCUCGGACAGGCCACAAACCCUACUGUCAUACACACACACCUGAAGAUGUGUGUUUAAGGCAUCAGCAGUGUGGAGUUUGAUCCGAGUUUUCAGAGCAUCACAGCCAUGAAAUCACUGGAGGGCGAGACCGUGCCGCUCCAGAACACUGUCAGCAUCUCCAACGACGUAGAGGUUUGGCUGAGCGCUCUCUCCACGGAGAUGAAAAACACCUUGAAACAUCUCUUGUGUGACUGUGUGAAUGCUGGAAAGAGAGGAAACGUGGAUCCCACGCGCUUUCCUUCUCAGAUUUUGUGCCUGGCAGAGCAGAUCCAGUUCACAGCGGAUGUGGAGAACGCCAUCCGACAGCAGAACCUCCAUCAGCUGGAGCUGGAGCUCACCGCCAAACUGGAGAGCUACACCAGCGUAGACACCAACAUGGAUGACACUGCAGAAUCGAGAGUUCUGCAGUUGAAACUGAAGGCUCUGAUUCUGGACGUGAUCCACAACAUCUCAGUGGUCCAGAGUCUGAGAGAAGCUCAGAUUCAAAGCACUGAUGACUGGAUCUGGAAGAAACAGCUGCGAUUCUACCUGACCGCAGACCAGCGUUGCUCCAUACAGAUGGUGGACGCAGAGUUCAGCUACACAUAUGAGUAUCAGGGUAAUGCUCCUAAACUGGUUCACACGCCCCUGACGGAUAAGUGCUAUCUGACACUGACACAGGCCAUGAAAAUGGGUUUGGGCGGGAAUCCCUACGGCCCCGCAGGAACCGGCAAGACCGAGUCCGUUAAAGCCCUGGGAGGACUGUUUGGAAGACAAGUGCUGGUCUUCAACUGUGAUGAGGGUAUAGAUGUGAAGUCCAUGGGCCGGAUCUUCGUGGGGCUGGUGAAGUGUGGAGCGUGGGGUUGUUUUGAUGAGUUCAAUCGUCUGGAAGAGGCUGUGCUCUCCGCCGUCUCCAUGCAGAUACAAGCCAUCCAGAACUCACUGAAGAACCACCGGACCACCUGCCAGCUGCUCAGUAAAGAGGUGGAGUUGGACCCAAAUUCUGGCGUCUUUAUUACUCUGAACCCAGCGGGUAAAGGAUACGGAGGACGGCAGAAGCUGCCAGAUAAUCUGAAGCAGCUCUUCCGACCGGUUGCCAUGACGAGUCCUGAUAAUGAGCUCAUCGCUGAGGUCAUCCUGUAUUCAGAAGGGUUUAAAGAAGGAAAGGCACUCGGACGAAAAUUGGUCGCUAUAUUCAAUCUGGCCAGAGAACUGUUGACGCUGCAGCAGCACUACGACUGGGGUUUGCGUGCUCUAAAGACGGUGCUGAGAGGCUGUGGGAGUUUGCUGCAGUUACAGAGACAAAACAACAACCCCUUGAAGGAGAGCGGGUUGGUGGUUCAGGCCUUGAGGUUGAACACCAUGUCAAAGUUGACGUUUGCCGACAGCUCUCGGUUUGACGCCCUGGUCAGAGACGUGUUUCCUGGAGUCGACUUUAAGGACGUGGAGUAUGAGAUGCUCAAAUCCGCCCUGCUGGCUGUUUAUGAAGAGGCACGGCUGGAGAUCAUACCCAGUCAGAUGAAGAAGGCUCUGGAGCUGUACGAGCAGCUGCGGCAGCGGAUGGGUGUGGUGGUGGUCGGGCCCAGCGGGGCGGGGAAGUCCACUCUGUGGAGGAUGUUGCGGGCGGCGCUGGGCAGGAUGGGCCGUGUGGUCAAACAGUACACCAUGAACCCGAAAGCCAUGCCACGUCAGCAGCUCCUGGGCCACAUCGACAUGGACACGCGAGAGUGGUCCGACGGGGUGCUAACGUCCUCCGCACGACAGGUGGUGCGAGAGCCACAGGAGGUGAGCUCAUGGAUUAUAUGCGAUGGAGACAUUGAUCCGGAGUGGAUCGAGUCAUUAAACUCUGUGCUGGAUGAUAAUCGUUUACUCACGAUGCCCAGCGGUGAGAGGAUUCAGUUCGGCCCCAACGUCAACUUCCUGUUUGAGACCCACGAUCUGAGCUGCGCCUCACCAGCCACCAUCUCCCGCAUGGGCAUGAUCCUCCUCAGUGAUGAAGACACUGACGUGGGCUCUCUCGUGAAGUCGUGGCUGAAGAGGGAGGAUGAAGACAACAGGAUGAAUCUGGAGAACUGGCUCAAUGAUUAUUUCCACAGAGCUCUGGACUGGGCUCUCAAACAGAGUGAUUUUGUGGUGGACACCAGUCUGGUUGGGACAGUGCUGAACGGUUUGUCCCAUCUGAGAGGGGUCAGAGAGCGAGGACAGUUUGUUGUGGGACUCAUCCGCGGUUUGGGAGGAAAUCUCACGCUCAAAUGCCGCCAGGAGUUCGCCAAGGAGGUUCUGAGUUGGGCCAGAGAAAGUCCUCCUGACCCCCGCAAGCCCCUGGACACGUACUACGACCCCGCAUCCGGCCGUCUGUGUGCGUAUGAGCUGCAGCGAGGGGACGGUGUGUGUGAGGACGACCUCAGUAACCCGCACAAUCUCCCCGUCAUACACACACCUGACACACAGCGCGGACUCGACCUCUUCACCCCGUGGCUCUCGUCCAAUCACAGGCAGCCGUUCCUGCUGGUGGGGCCGGAGGGGUGCGGGAAAGGGAUGCUCCUGCGCUGCUCGUUCUCUCAGCUGCGCUCCACCCAGGUGGCUGUGGUGCACUGCAGCGCUGAGACCUCCUCCCGUCACGUCCUGCAGAAACUCUCGCACACCUGUCUGGUCAUCAGCUCCAACACGGGACGCGUGUACCGGCCCAAAGACUGCGAGAGGCUGGUGCUGUACCUCAAAGACAUCAACCUGCCCAAACCCGACAAGUGGGGCACCAGCAACCUCAUCGCCUUCCUGCAGCAGGUCUUGACAUAUCAGGGCUUCUAUGAUGAGAACCUGGAGUGGGUCGGACUGGAGAACAUUCAGAUUGUGGCGUCCAUGUCAGCAGGCGGCGCUGUGGGGCGGCACACACUCACCUCACGCUUCACCUCGAUCGUGCGGAUUUGCACCAUUGAGUGAGUACUGAUGUACAUACACACACACACACACACACAAACAC